AUGCACUGCCUGAACGCGCUGCGACGCCUGGUCUCGCUGUGCUGCCUCGCCGCAUGCGUUGCGGCGAGCGACGAGGCGUGCGAGGCGCCCAUGACGCUCUCGUCAUUUGCGCACGCGCUUAACGAAAAGUUCAUCGCCAAGGUGGGCGAGGGCCGCGCGAGAGAGUUCCGCCCCGAGCUGCUUCCGGCACGGGUUGCGGAUAGUAGCCUCGAGCUGCACCUCGUGGAGCCCUCGAGCGAGCGCUUCUUCACCUACGCGUCGGACAACGGGUGGAACAACCAGCUCCUCAACCUGCUCUGCGGGCUCGACAUGGCGCGCUCACUCAACCGGACGCUCAUCGUGCCGCCGUUUUCGUGGCCUCGGCGGCGCGGGCCCGCCAAGCCCUGCCAUGCGCCGCCGCCGACCCGCCGCCAAGGUGAGCGUCUGCCGGCUGGUCGACGCGGCGAGGCUGGCGGCGGUGCGCGGCGGCGCGGCUCGUGCGGCGAGGACGAGCACGGAGGGGUGCUCGGAUCGCUCGGCGCGCUCGGCGUGGCGGCCGAGCACAUCUCGGGCGAGGGGCAGCCGCACCGCAAGCGAAAGGUGCAUCGUUGGUCGCGCGAGGGAUGGGUGGGGCGGUGGGGAGCCUCCUCCGCCCCGCUGCUCGCCGUGAGCUGCUGCCUCUUUUGGACGUGGCGCCUGCCCGACGAGGUUGCCUUCGAGCUGUACUCCCACUUCGAGUACCACCCAGCGCUUGCCGCCCCGCUCGGCGACGAGUACGCGGCGAUGCAUGUCCGGCGCGGCGACAAGGUGAGCGUCGAUGUCGCCUACCGCGACAGUUUCCCGAGGAUGGGCCCUGACUACUUUUUGCGGCCCGCAGCCCACCAGAUGCGGAACACGUGCCCUUGCACUCUGCGCGCAUUCGGCGGCGCGACGGUCUUCGUGGCGACCGACGAGCUGGACCGCGCGUGGUUCGCGCCGUUGCGCGAGCAGGGCGGCUCUGCCCUCCGCCGACCACGCGGCUUCGGGCUCCGCUUCGCCGACGACCUCGACCGGGCGCCGCUCCUCGAGGCGCUCUCUUCCUUCCCGCAGGCCGCCGUGUGGGCAGACGUGCUCGCCAUCCUCGAGCAGGAUUGGGUGCGCGGCGGCCUCGUGGGUGAUGGGGAGCCGCUGCCGUGCGUGGCGCGGGAGCCGUGGUGCUGA